AUGAAAACCCUUCCCACCCCGGAUCUGGUUUCCUGCUCGCUAGUAGUUUCAUCCGGGGGCAACAAAGAGACGACGAGGCAGGCAGACCAGGCGGCGACCGCAACGGCAGGCAGCAGAUCCGGCGUAAUGGCGGCGAAGGCGAUCUCGAGCCCCGUGCCGGUGGAGUGGUACCCGUCGCUGGCCGCCCUCAUGGUCUCCGUCGGACUCAUGCUCACCGCAUCCUUCUUCAUUUAUGAAGCAACUUCAUCCAGGCGGAGCCGUAGCCUGGCAAAGGAGAUCACAACAGCUGCUAUGGCUUCUGUAUUCCUGGGCUUUGGGUCUCUGUUCGUGCUCCUUGCAAGUGGCGUUUAUGUCUGACAACUGGCUAUGCAAGUCGUUUGCUCCAGCCGUAAUUGUAGGAUAUGCCAGAUUCUGAAAUUAUGUGUUGUCCUAGUAUGCACUCAUUUGAACUUGUUUUAGAACAAUGUAUGAGAGCAACCGAGUUCAAGCGAUCCUGAUUGCCCCCCUCAGGUCUCCAUUAUACCAUCAACCUACAACCACUGUUUCCUCAACUGCUGCUGAUUUUAAAUUACCGACAUCAUUUUGUA